UGGUGGACCUCGCGACUGUGGCGUGUUCAAAACUCCGUCCUAAACUUUUUGAAAAAUACAUACCCUCCCAACCAGGAAUUAGGUAUAGAUUACCCGGGGACAAUCAUAGAUAAUAGUCUGUGAAAAACGUUGAGAGACGUGUCUCUUUUCCCCCUCUCCUCCGUCCCACGAACAACUCUCGGCUCCUACACGGAAGAGAGGGAAAGAGUUUGGGGAAACGUGGUGGUGUUUAUUGGCUAGCAGUGGAAGAAGCUAGCUAAAGUUAGCAUAUGUGUAAACGCAAGCGAUAAGGAGGGAGUUGAUUUUCCAGCUGUCGGAACAAGGGAACCAUUCUGCUGUCGUGCCGCUGCGGACGUACUGGCCUGUCGGAUCCGCGUGAAGGGGAGACCGUUUUUGAUUGAUAACAAACGAGCUAGCUAACGUCAGAUAGCUCGCCGAGACUUGUGGCAGCAGCGGCUGAAGUGCGGCUCGACGAUGCCACGGAAUAAAAAAGGGAAACGUGGCUCAAGUAAGCAGGGUUCUCUCCGUCAGGAGGUUCUCCAGCUGCAGCUGUCGGCUAGAGCCCCGCUGCCGUUGAAAGGAGGUAGGAAUGGGGUGAAGGGCGAGUCGGGUGCCAGUGACGAUGACCUUGCCUCCGAUAUCCUGAGUCACUACAGCAGCGCCAGUGAGACCGCCUCCAUACUGGAGGAAGGCACAGGAGUGGAGUCUGUAGAUGAGCAGACAGCCCAGGAGGAGAUGGAAGACAAACUGAAACAGUGUAUAGACAAUCUCAUGGAUAAGAGUGCUAAGACCCGAAUUGCAGCGCUGGAGUCACUGCGGCAGGCCUUCUCCUCCAGAGUACUGUAUGAGUUUCUCGUAGAGAGGCGCCUCACCAUCAGCGACUGUCUGGAGAGGAGUCUGAAAAAAGGUGGUGGAGAAGAGCAGGCAGCAGCAGCCACAGUCUUUGCCCUGCUCUGCGUCCAGCUCGGGGGUGGAGAUGAGGGGGAGGAGGGCUUCAAGAUGCUCCGCCCCAUACUGAGCGCCAUCCUUAUUGAUGGUGGUGCCAACAUAUCAGCACGCCAGAGGUGUGCCAGAGCCCUGGGGAUGUGCUGUUAUGUCUCUUCUGCUGAGGAUGGAGAGGAUCUGAUUAAGUCAAUGAGCCAUUUGGAGGGCGUGUUUAUGUCUUCCUACCCCAACAGAGAAGGAACACUGCCCAUCCCCAAACCUGGCUACCCUGGGCUCUACAGUGCCGCUCUACAGGCCUGGGCACUGCUGGUUACUAUCUGUCCCGCAUCCAGACUGUCUGUACUGCUAGACAUUCACCUGCCCAAGCUGCAGGCUUGUCUGGAGAGUAGCGAUGUCAACUACAGAAUUGCAGUGGGAGAGACCAUCGCCCUGCUUGUGGAACUUGGACGAGAUGUGGAUGGGGACUUUGAAGUGGAAGACAGUGAGGGCUUGUGUGAGUGUCUGAAGGGCUUAGCCACAGAUGGCAACAAACACCGGGCCAAAAAUGACAGGAGGAAACAGCGCUCCAUCUUCAGAGAGGUUCUGCACUAUAUAGAGAGCGAUGAUUUUAUGGAGGAGAAGAUCAAGUUUGGGGUGGAAGGCGUGUACAUAGACGGCUGGAUGAGGAGGCGGAUUUAUGACGCCUUCAAAGAGAUCCUGGAAUCAGGAGUCAGACACCACCUACAGUUUAACCCACUUUUGAGAGACAUCUUUGGUCUGGGCCCACCCCUCAUCCUAGACUCAGGCGUGAAAAGCAGCAAGAUUUCACGAUUUGAGAAGCAUCUAUUCAAUUCAGCUGCCUUCAAGGCUAGGACAAAAUUGAGGAACAAAGUCAGAGACAAACGAGCCGAUGUCAUGUGAGAGGAGGUGUUGAACCGGAGGAGUGGACGGAGGAGAGGAGCAUUAAAAGGGGAGAGAGUGAACUUGGAAACAGGUUGUUUUUUUAAAGAUGAAGACAAGGAGAGUGGUUUGGAAAACCUGCCUUUAGUUCACUUACUUGACCUCUAAACCAUGACCUUAACCUUAAAUGUAGUCUUUGCAUUUUCAAACGGGCUAUUUCACUUCUACCCCUCCACUGCAACUUCCUCCACAAGACCAAAAAUGGCUGCCCCUUUAUUUCUCACACCUCUUAGGAAAGGAAGAGGUGGAGUCAAAGGUAUUGCGCUUUUUCUUUUUUUUUUUUUUUUGCUUGAUCUUCUGGUGGCAGCCAUUUCAUGCCUCCUCCAAAAAACUAGCCGAUACUCAUUCUGGGGCACAAAAUGGUGCAAAUGACAGGGGCAUAAACGACGCAAAUAGCUACGGUAAGCUUUUGUGAGUACUCAAUGCUUGACGUCUAAAAUCAACUCUGUCUAAAUCUAUAACUUUUAAAUACCACUGUCUGAUAAGUAAAAUAUAUACAGUAUUUCCCAGACUACUAGUCGCACUGGAGUACAAGUUGC